AGCAAAAGGAAAACGAUGAGACAAAGGAAGAUGCUUUACUUUCCUUUCUCAGAGUUGUGUGUAGAGCAAUCCUCAGAAUCAACCUUUUUCCAGCAACACCCAGUUGCUAAAUCCCGCUCCACAUUACGCACGUAAAUGAAUAAUCGUUUUCAGGCUGUCUUUUUCUAUCCUCAGAGACUCUAUCAAAUUGACAAUACCCAGAUCAAAUCAAGCUGUUUUCUGAGAUGGGUUUUUCUGAUUUUCACUGAUCAGUUUAAGUUCUAGGCUGCAAAAGUGAGAAAGCGUCUGUGGAAAAAACUGAGAGAAAGGGUGAGGGUUGAGAUAAGAGAAUCGGGGUUGUUGUCAACAAAAUGAGAGAUUUCCCAUCUUGUUUUGGUGAAAGUGGGGUUCAGGUUGCAGAUUCUUCGUCUUCAAAUUCUAGUAGAAGUUCCCAGAAUUUGGUCACUUGCUUUUAUCAAUGUCGUAUCAGAGGCAAGUCUUGCUUGAUUUCGGUUGUGUGGAGUAAGAAUUUGAUGGGUCAAGGGCUAAGUAUAGGGAUCGGUGAUUCCUUAAACCAGUGUCUUUGUAAGGUGGAUAUAAAGCCCUGGUUGUUUUCCAAGAGAAAAGGGUGUAAGAGUUUAGAAAUACAUUCCCGUGAAGUAGACAUAUACUGGGACCUUUCGUCAGCGAAAUUUGGAUCUGGGCCUGAACCUUUGGAGGGAUUUUAUGUGGGUGUUGUUGUUGAUAGGCAAAUGAUUCUGCUUCUUGGGGAUAUGAGGAAAGAAGCUUAUAAGAAGACUGGUGCGACCCCUGUUCCUUCUAUGGCUGUUUUUGUUGCCAAGAAGGAGCAUGUUUUUGGCAAGAGGGUGUUUACCACAAAGGCACAGUUUUGUGGUAAUGGUCAAAUUCAUGAUCUGAUGAUUGAAUGCGACACAAUUGGUGUCAGUGACCCUUCUCUCAUAAUUCUUGUGGAUGGGAAGACUUUGAUGCAGGUGACGCACCUUAGAUGGAAGUUCCGGGGAAAUCAUACCAUCACGGUUGAUGGUCUGGCAAUAGAAGUUUUCUGGGAUGUUCAUAAUUGGUUCUUUGGGACUUCUCUUGGAAAUGCUGUAUUUUUGUUCAAGACUUGCCUCUCAGCAGAGAAGUUGUGGGCUAGCCAAACCCUCUCUGAUCCAAGUACGUUGCAAUGGUCUUUCUCACAAAGAUUUAUAGAUUCCAAGUCACAAAAUCUUGGGUUUUCACUGAUGGUGUAUGCUUGGAAGAAUGAGUAGAGAGAUCAUAAAUUUAUUUGCUGGUGCUAACAAAAACAAGUGAGUGGCCAUUUUUAUCCAUUAUAAGCAGUUAAUCACCAUUGAUUUGAUAAAAUUCGGGCCACAUCUGUUUUUUUAUUUUUGUCUCAGUUUUUUUUCCUCAAGUGGCUGAGCAAUUUAAUGGAUGUGAGAUGUUUUUGCUGUUUAUUCACCUGUAAAUUCUUAAUACAAUAGUUUGAUUUCC